ACAACAGCGCCACAAUCGCAUGAAUCACAAGUAUUCUGUGCAUCAACCAGAUUAAAAUGGCCGCUUGAAAGUUAUUCUCGAAAUGUGUGCUGCGAUACUCUGUCAUUUUACAAUGGAAUCCUUUGAAAUUAUUGAAGAAUCUAAACGAAGCAUUGUGUCCGACGUAACGAGAUUUAUCGAAAAUUCUUUGAUUGAAGACAACAAGUGCAUUACAUCGAAGAAUCAGUCGUUAAACUGCGAGCAGGAUUGUCUACGUGAUUGUGGUUGUCACGGUUGUGGGGGCUAUCUUUGUUUGCAACAAAGAAGAUUUAUGAGGACUAAGAGAGGUGGUCAGGGAAUCUUAGUCUGCUGAAUAAGAUAUUGUAUUAACAAUGGAAAAAAUGUAUUCGAUGAACGAUACAUUGAACAGAGGAAGUAAAAUGUCAAAUCCAAAACGAGAAAACAUGUUUAAUAGUGUGUUCAGUGCUUUGAAUCUGAUAUGGGACAGAGUUACCAAAGUUCAUGCAUCAUUUAUGGCAGGCAUUAAUUACCCACUUUCAGUAACAGUUGUGCAUAAUGAAGGUAUAAUUCCUCAUGAAUUUUUUAAAGAUUUGACAACUAAAAGGGAUGGAUUGAGCACUGAUAAUGUGUACAUUCAUAAUACUUCGAUGAAAGAGUCUUUAAAUAUCAUGCAGAAUCUUCAUCAUAGUAUAUUGGAAGAUCAGGAAUUGUACAUGGGUGAUGUUUUUAAUGAGAAUACGAUGGAGAAUUUCAAAUUCAAUUGUAAUUACAUCAACAUUAGUAACAAAACUAUUGAGAAAGACCCAGUUGUUAAGGAGAAUUUAAAUCAUUUAUCACCAAUUGAAACAUCAAACAAGGAAAGUAUACAAGGAUUGUUUGAACACAUUUAUCUAGAUAGCACAGAAAACAUGAACAAUGUACAUAACUAUGAAUAUACCAAUGGUAUGAGUAUUCCCAAUAAGAAACAGUCUUCUGAUUGCAUAGAGAAUAAUGUUAAUGACAAAAUAAUCGCAGACAGGGAACAAUUUUUGUCUACGACUAGAGCAGAUUUAGAGAAUGAACAAGAAAUUAAACAAACCUCUGUACGUAAUGUAUUGGCAAAUGUGUGGCAAGUGGUUUAUGGAAAUAUGGCAGAUCGUUUUAAUAGAACUGACUCACUUCAAAUAGACACAAUAACGAAACGAUCACUCUCGCCAAAGCAACGAAGGAAACAUAACAUUAUAGCAAAGGGCAGAGGUCGUGGUCGUGCAAGAUCGCAGCUUAGGCGUUCUGGAGUAAGUCAAACUUGGCACAGAAAGGAACGCACUAAGCACGAUCUUGCCGCAGAUAUCCAAAAUGAUUUCGAAAAUUGGCAAGAAGAAGACUAUUACAGCUUAGAGGAUGACGUAGUAGACGGAUUAGAUACUUCAAUAACAGUUAAUAGUCAUGAAGCGUUUACAUUUGCUGAUGUAGAACAAAAAUUGCAAAAACCGAAAUCGCAUAAGACUUAUAAUCAUGGAGUCCCAAAAUUGUCUGUAAGAAUGAGAUGCAUACCUGAGUACAUAGAUUUUUGUAAAGAAGACUAUAUUGAGGAUGAAUACCAUUGGCACAGAAGUACAUUCCGACCGCGUUUGGUAUCAGAGAGUUCUGUUGAUUCAGAAGAUAGUUGUGGUAUAGUUUUUGAAACAGAAUCUGAAAUAACUUGGAGAAGUAAUAUUGAAGACACAGAUGAUAGCGAUACAGAUCAAACUAGUGAUGAUGACGAAGACGAAGACGAAGACGAAGAUCAGACAUUGAAUCUUAAGAAACUUAUUUCUCCAGUUCAAAAAGUAAAAUUUAAUUUGAAUCCAAUUGUUCAUGUCAUGGUUCAGUGGGAUUAUGCCUAUCGUGCUGCUCGUAAGGGUCCAUGGGAAGAAAUGGCCAGAGACAGAGUGCGAUUUAAAGGUCGUAUUAAUUGUAUAGGACGCGUUCUUAAUCCAAUAUUAAGUACUCAACAUCGACUUCGCAUUUGGCAGGAAAGAUUUGCACUUGUUGAUUAGAAAGUCUGUUCACUGUCCUUCUAAGGUAAUUCUUUGAUUAAGGUCUAAGUGCUGCGAAAUGUAGUAGAAGAGAUGAUGUGUUUCAAUAAAAAGAAAUAUGUAUAAUAAGUCUUCCAGAACAAUAAAAUAGGCUGUGAAUAAAUAGUGUAGAACAUCCGUUUGAAAAGACAUUGUUUUUCAAAUUACAGUACAUGAAUAAAUUGUUUGCUAUUUAUGCUACAUUAUUGUCUGCUACAUGCUAAAUAAUUGUUUUCAUUUAAUAUUUAUAAAACUAUAGGGUUUAAAUUCUUGCCUGUAGCUAGUCCAAUAUUUGUAGGCAUAUCAAAUACCAGUAGAGCUUAUGUUAUGUACUGCACGAAUUAUGUUGGGUGAUAGACAUAAUUGUAAAAAGAUGAAGUGCGUUUUAUAAUCAUAGAAAGACAUGAUAACAUAGGCAAUAAAUAAUUUGAUAACAUUUUAUAAAUGAAAGAUAAGAUAUUCUUAUUAUGUCACCCAACAUGAUUUUAGUAAUAAAUAUUGAUGUACAUAAGAAAAUAUUAAUAUAGAAACACUUAACUUAUACAAGCGGAAAUACAAUGUUUAUUAAUGUAUUUAAAAAUUCAUCUCUUUGAACGAGAUGCAUAUAUAUUAUAGGGAAAUAUACAUAUGUAUAUAAAUAAUAGAGAAAUAUAGCCAAAUCUUAGCAAGCUAUAAAGUUUAAUAGUAAGAAUUAUAUGAUUCUUGCAGAGAAAUUUUAUUUUCAACAAAGAUUGUGCAUGGUUUGGUAAGAGGUAUGUCUGUUGGUCCUGGCUUAGCAGAUUUUGUUACAUAAUGCAACUAAAUUUUCUAUUUGCUUUAAAUUUUCAAUUCUAUCAUUGAUAGUAUCAAUCCUUAUCUUUAGCAUAUUUGGUACACAUCUAUGUAAAUAAUAUUUUUAAUGUCAAUAUUUUUAGUUAAAUUAUCUCAUUUUACCUAAAUAAGGUACCAAAAAUAGACAUUAUUAUUAAUGCAUUAGUCAAUAACGAUGUAUAAAUUAUCAUUUUUUUUAAUAUAUGAGAAAGAAUUUAUUGGAAGACGUUAAUUAGCCAUAUUUCUAUUUUUCAAUAUAUAUCAUCAUCUCUUCUACAUAAGCAUUUUUGCACAGAAUCGAUCUAUUUUAUCAGACACAUUUAGUAAACAAAUAUUUUUCAAAUUCGAGGGUUGAAAUUAUAUUAUGUGAUUCAGACUACUUCAGUUUACAACACCAUUGUAUGUGAAACAUAUGUUAGAUUUUGUAUGGAACGAUGCAACUUAGAAAUUUUACAUUAUGCUUGUACAGUUGGGAAUAAAAAAUAAAUGGACAUAAGCAUUACUAAUGUUUUGUAACAAAGAAACGUCGUUUAAUAAAAUUAUUGCUCUGCUUUAACCUUUCACAGUAUGCACAUAUUAAUGAUUUAAAAAUUGUAUUGCACAAACUGAUUACAUUAUUUCAAUUAUAUUAGUAAUACAGAAAUGUUCAUUUAUUUUGUUUAUAUAUGGUUGUUCUACUAUAAAUUGCAAUCUAGAUUGUUUAAUAAAUUUCCUAUAAAAUUUAUUAAUAUUCUAUGGAACAAAUCAUUGAUAAGGUACACAUUCUAUAAAAGUGUUCAGGUUGUUUCACGUGUUUCUGAAAAGGUUUAUUACUGUAAAAAUUGACAUCAACAUUGCUACUGCACCAAUGAUAAAGAAAUUUUUCAACGAGGUCUGAGAAAUACGAUCUUAUUGUUGGAUGUAUAAAUUAUGUUCAAAUGCGUGUUGUCAAUAAAAUAAAAAUUACAAUUAAAAUGGAGGUUCAUAAUCAUCA